AUGAAGAUUGAAGUCCUUUCCAAAGAGCUGAUAAAGCCUUCUGUUCCAACCCCAACUCACCUCAAAGACUUCAAACUCUCCUUCAUAGAUGAGAGGAUACCAACUUCUUACAUGCCUCUCAUACUCUAUUACAAGUUCGGAGUCGACAAAGACGUUAUUAAACAAUCCGAAAUGUGUAUUCGGUUGAAGCGUUCCUUGUCGGAAGCUUUGGUCCGUUUUUAUCCCUUGGCCGGGAGGAUGCGCGGCCAGGCCUCGGUCGAAUGCAAUGACGCGGGGAUUUUGUACAUCGAAGCUCGAGCCGAGGGGAAGAACAUCUCGGACAUCGUUAAAUCGAUGGACUCGCGUGAUUUGGACAGGCUCGUGCCGUUCGAAUCCAACGGCUGUGUUUCGGGUGCGGAAGAACAGUUGGCAGUUCAGGUGACCUUAUUUACUUGCGGGGGGCUCUCCAUCGGGAUAUGUCUCUCGCACCGAAUAGCCGACAUCUGCACGCUCGACUCGUUCAUCAAAUGUUGGGUGGCCUUAGCCUCAUCCGAGGCCCGCGGCCACCCUAUCUCUCCUAUCUUUAACUCCUCCACCCUCUUCCCUCCCCGCAACACUCCCGAUUUUAGGCCCAACUUCAGAAGCCCGUCCGUCCAGCCCAUGCGAUCCGCCAAGCCCGUCAUGAGAAGGUUCGUGUUCACUCCAAAAGCUAUAAACGCGCUAAAGCUUCUAGCCACGGAGGGCUCAUUGGCGGACGCCAAGCCGACUCGGGUGGAAGUGUUGACUGCCUUUCUCUGGAGUCGUUGCCUGGCGGCAAAACAGAUAAUUGGCGGGAAACCGGUGAGGUCGGUGGCCUAUCAUCCGAUAAACCUGAGGGGAAAGAUUUCGGAGCUGACGGAGAAUUCGUUCGGCAACAUUUUCCAAAUGACGCGCGCGGAGAACGAGGGGGAGACUGACUGGGUUCGGCUGGUGGAGAAGGUGAGAGCUGCAUUCAAGAAAAUCGACAGCGAGUAUGUGAGGAAGCUGCAAGGCGAAAAGGGUUUCGAGCUUGCGAAGGAGAACUUCAUGGAGAUUAGUAAGCUUCUGCUGCUUGGAGAUGUGGAGAUAUUCAGGUUCAGCAGCUACAGCAGGUUCGGAUUCUAUGAGGCGGACUUUGGGUGGGGAAGGCCUGCUUGGGCGAGCAGCGCCGGGUAUUUGGGUACGGAUACCAUCUUGCUAAUCGACUCGUUGCAGUGUACGGGUGGCAUUGAGGCGUGGGUUGUGAUGGCUAAGCAAGAUAUGGAGAGGCUUCAGCAGGACUUGGAGAUCCAGCUAUUGACUUCAUCUUUUGUAUCAUGA